CGAUUUCCAUAUGUUCCAAAAUCUGUUACUCGGAGAAGAACGGAGCGAAAAUGUCUUCCCUCUUUGCUGCCAUUUCUUGUACUUACACCCUCCAGCGUUCCCUCCACGCGCCGCUGUCUCGCACGCUGCGAAAGGAUGCGUUUUGGUGCCAUCAAAAGAGGAACAAGAAGCGAUUGUCUGUAGCUUGUGCGUUGCCUUUCGACAUCUCCCCGCCUCCCAUUGACCUCGACCCCCUCGAGACAAUUAUUGAUCCUGAAGCGGAAGCAUCGGGAGAAGUGACAGCGGAUACAUAUGGCAAUGAUGACGAGGCAGUGGAUGCAGUUGACAAUGGUGUUGCGGUUGUGGAUCUUUCAAAUUAUGGCCGAAUAAGAGUCAGUGGGGAAGAUCGGAUUCAGUUUCUUCACAAUCAAACUACUGCAAACUUUGAAUGUCUUGAUGAAGGCCAGGGGUGUGAUACAGUUUUUGUUACACCAACUGCUCGCACAAUUGAUAUAUCUCAUGCAUGGGUCAUGAAAAAUGCAAUAGUGCUGGUGGUCUCACCGAUGACUUGUGGAAGCAUAAUUGAAAUGCUGAAGAAGUACAUAUUUUUUGCUGACAAGGUGGAAAUACAAGAUAUCACCGAGCAGACUAGCAUGUUUGCGUUAUUAGGACCUAAAAGCAACAAAAUAAUGGAGGACUUGAAUCUAGGAGAUCUUGUUGGACAACCAUAUGGCUCUCACAAACAUUACAGUGUUGGUGGGAUGCCACUGACUGUGGCAGUAGGAAGUAUCACUUCGGUGGAAGGUUUCACAUUUAUGAUGUCUCCAGCUGUUGCUGGAUCAGUCUGGAAGGCUCUUUUAGGUCAGGGUGCAAUUUCUAUGGGUUCCAGUACUUGGGAGACACUGAGGAUUCUUCGAGGAAGACCAACUCCUGGCAAAGAACUCACAGAUGAAUUUAAUGUUUUAGAGGCUGGUCUCUGGAGAGCUGUCUCUUUGAAUAAAGGCUGUUAUAAAGGACAAGAGACCAUUUCAAGACUUGUAACUUAUGAUGGAAUCAAGCAGAGAUUAUGGGGGAUCCGUUUAUCCUCUCCAGUGGGACCAUGCAGCAUCAUCACAAUUGAUGGGAAGAAGGUAGGAAAAUUGACGAGCUUCACAGCUGGUACAAAAUCAUCCGGGCCAUUUGGAUUAGGAUAUAUUAAGAGGAGGGCAGCUUCAGAGAGCGACUCUGUAACUGUUGGUGACAGCGUCAUUGGGACACUGGUAGAAGUUCCCUUUCUUAGGGAACAACUUCCACCACCAAAGCCUUAGCCUAGAUACUCUUAGCUUCCUUGUUAAUUUAAACAAUGGUCCUCUUAAGUGGCUGGUGUGCCCUUUGUGAAUGUUGUAUUCCUAUCAUUUCUGUUCAGAUAUGGCAUACAGUAAUUAUGUAUGUGAACAAGUUGUCACUAAUCUUAAAUGUCUAAAUUAUUACAAGAACAACUCUACGAUCAAUUUUAGCGGGAAAACUGAAGAAAACCUUAUGUUAUAUAUAAACUUAACGCUAAUUUGAGGUGGCCAAGAAGAAGAGGAUGGUCUGUAACAUACAGUAGUUGAUAAAAAUGUGAUGUGAUGUGGAUUUUACUGUAUGUUGAUUGUCCCUUUGAAUUUUAUGCUAUGACGAAAUCUUUGGUGAAAUCAUGUAUAAGUGGCCUUCUGUGUUUCUUUUGUUGAAUACUCCAUCUUUGAUGAGUAUAGGAGGAACUUGAUCUUCUCUUCAAGAACAAGAAGACUUCUUUCUGGGGAAGCAUGUAUAUACACCAUUUUACAGAAUCUACCCACCUAAAAUCUAAAAGGGCAUCUACAUGUCUCUGCCUCCCUGUCUGAAUUUCUUCUCUUUCAGG